CAAACGAGAGAGAGAAGCCACGGCUUCAACCGCGCGUGACAACCUUUUGGCAAACGAACGUGAAAUCCGUACUGAUAAUAAAUCGAGUACGUAAUUUUUGUCAAAAAGACAUCGCUUCAGAGGUGUGCUGCAGAAUCUUGAAGAAUCCCAAGGUUUUGAAAACUUCUCGACUAAAAGAAGAUCUAGAUAUGAAGAUUACUAAAUAUCUUUGUUGCAUUCUGGCUUGCAUGUGUCUACUGCAGAUGGUAAAUACUGAGGUUUCGAGAGAUAAGUUCGAACGCCAACUUCUAGAUGCCCUUAUGAUGAAGAACACAAUCAAGCCAAAGAGACCGUUUUGCAAUGCUUUUACGGGAUGUGGCAGAUUUGUUUCGGAGGAAAAAAGAGAAGAGAAGAAAGAACCACGUAUUUCUACGCUGCUUCAUUUAUUCAGAACGCUCCUGAAUACCGCUAAACAAAACACUUGGAACGCGAUUGAUCGUGAGGAAUACGAUUAUCAAUUACAGCAAAUGCCGCAAGUUUAUAUCUCGAAUCGGAUGCCCCUACGUAAUAGGCAGGAAAGUUAAUUUGACGGACAUAUCCUGACGCUUGAGUGCCGCCAAUAUUUCUCUAAUAGACGAAAUUAUAUCUAUUUUUAUUUCUAAGUGUAUAUUAUAAUAUUCAUUUGCAAUAUCAAUGCCAAACAUAUUCGAUAAAUGUGAAUAUAUUAUCGAAAUAAUAUCAUUUGAUUGUAUAUAACUAAAACUAAAAAGUUUUCUUUUCUCGAAAACACGGAUGUAGUUAUAUCCUCUUGCAGGAUGUAAUUGUAUUCUUUUGCAUUUACUAUACGACAGCUAUGUCUUGAUAUGAUUUGAUAUUUAUAUUGUACUUACUUUUGCUUAUCGCUUUUGAUUAUAAUUAAACAAAUGUAAAUGAGAAAAUUAUAUAAUUAUGCGACUAUAUUUUAUUUUAUAUACAACUUUCAGGGGAAUUUUAUCGCUACAAAUCUAUUGUACACGACGAAAACAUAUAAACAUGUAAUCAGUAUAAUAUUGGUGCUAGCUAGAAUAGAAUUAGGAAUAUUUAUUUACUAUUAAAUAUUUCUUUAUUUAUAGGAGCUUUUAAGUGGUUAUGCAUUUAUUUGCAUGUACCUUAUCUCUUCAAAUGAGAGAUCUUAAUUAAUUUGCUGUUAGUAAGCCAGAUAUUUCUUAAAUAAUUGUUGAAUUGGAUCUGGUUUGUAUUCAAUAAAUUCUAUAAAACCUGUUA